AGGAAUGGGGGAUGGGAAACGGACACAGAUUCGGAGAAAAGGUAAAAGAACAGAGAGCGGAAGGGAAUCAUUCCAGGAUAUAGGAUCUAUCCUAGUGAUACAAAUGGGAUUAUCCUGAGGAGGGAAAGACAAUUUCAUGGAACAUCAAGCUGAACUAUAAGACUUUCAAGAGUCAGAACAAGCAAAGGGGGGGGGGGGUAAUCAUAAGACUGAGUCACUAGUGAUACAGGAUUAAAGUGAGCCUGAGGAGAGAACGAUGGGCUGCGUGGCUUUUCAUUCUCUCCUUUGAAGGGGAAAGAGAUACUACUGAUCUGCUUGACUUUACUUCCAGGCCAAGGACUGACCUGUGGACUCUGGGAGUGAUGGACUGCGGGGGUCUCCUUGAUCACCAUGUAUGCAAUGGGAUCUGUUGCUGCUGUGGGGCUCUACGGCCUCGUUACAAGAGACUGGUCGAUAAUAUUUUUCCAGAAGAUUCAGAGGAUGGUCUAGUGAAGGCAAACAUGGAGAAGCUUACGUUCUACGCUCUCUCAGCACCAGAGAAAUUGGAUCGGAUCGGUGCCUACCUCUCGGAGCGGCUGAGCAGGGACGUUGCCAGACAUCGUUACGGCUAUGUCUGCAUUGCUAUGGAAGCCCUGGACCAGCUUCUCAUGGCCUGUCACUGCCAGAGCAUCAACCUUUUUGUGGAAAGCUUUCUGAAGAUGGUGGCCAAGCUCUUGGAAUCGGAAAAGCCAAAUCUCCAGAUCUUGGGGACAAACUCAUUUGUGAAGUUUGCCAAUAUAGAAGAGGACACGCCAUCCUACCACCGCAGCUACGACUUCUUCGUCUCACGUUUCAGCGAGAUGUGCCACUCAAGCCACGACGACCUGGAGAUCAGGACAAAGAUUCGCAUGGCAGGAAUCAAAGGGUUGCAGGGAGUCGUCAGGAAGACGGUGAAUGAUGAACUUCAGGCCAAUAUCUGGGAGACCCAACACAUGGACAAGAUUGUGCCGUCGCUGCUGUACAACCUCCAGCAAGUGGAAGAGACAGAAAGCCGAUCUCCGUCUCCACUUCAGACUAGUGAGAAGGAAAAGGAGAAUCCAGCAGAACUAGCAGAGAGGUGCCUCCGAGAGUUACUGGGGAGAGCGGCCUAUGGGAACAUCAAGAACGCCAUCAAGCCUGUCCUAAUGCAUUUGGAUAACCAUUCUCUGUGGGAGCCCAAGGUCUUUGCUAUCCGGUGUUUCAAGAUCAUCAUGUACUCCAUACAGCCCCAGCAUUCCCAUCUAGUAAUCCAGCAGCUCCUGGGACACCUGGACGCAAACAGUAAAAGUGCAGCGACGGUGAGAGCGGGGAUCGUGGAAGUGCUGUCGGAGGCGGCUGUUAUUGCGGCCAGUGGAUCUGUAGGUCCCACUGUGUUAGAAGUGUUCAACACCCUUCUCCGCCAGCUGCGACUCAGUAUCGACUACGAGCUCACCGGCACCUACGACUCCGCCAUCAACAUCGGCACCAAAAUCAUCAAGGAGCACGAGGAGAGGAUGUUCCAAGAGGCUGUAAUCAAGACAAUAGGUUCCUUUGCCAGCACCCUGCCAAUCUACCAGCGAUCAGAAGUUAUGCUGUUUAUUAUGGGGAAAGUGCCGCUGCCCUCGAUGCACCACGCCAUGGAGAUUGGCAAAGCAGGGGAAAACAGGAACCGGUUAACCCAGAUCAUGCUGCUGAAAUCCCUCCUCCAGGUGUCCAUGGGCUUCCAGUGCAACAAUAUGCUGACCGCCCUGCCCAGCUCCUUCCUGGACCCCUUACUCUCCUCCGCUCUAAUGGAAGAUGCUGAGAUCCGGCUCUUUGUCCUAGAAAUUCUCAUCUGCCUUAUCGACCGACACGGGAACAGGCACAAGAUCUCCAGCAUCAGCACAGAACCCGACAUCGCUGUACUGAAGCUGAAGGUGGACAAGUGCUCCCGGCAGGACACGCUAUUUAUGAAGAAGCAUGCUCAGCAUCUGUACCGACACAUCUACCUGAGCUGCAACGAGCCGAGCAACAUUCAGACUCAUUACGAGGCCCUUUAUUUCCUUCUGGUCAUUAUCAGCAUUGAGUUGGCCAAUGAGGAGGUGGUGGUGGAUCUCAUCCGCCUGGUAUUGGGGGUGCAGGAGAUGGCUCUGAACAAUGAGGACAACCUCCCUGCAAAUUGUCUAUCUGCCAUGCAUGCCCUCUGUGCCGCCUAUCUCAGUCUGAUCAGCAACCUGACCACUGUACCCGCCUUCUGCCAGCACGUUCACGAGGUGAUAGAAACACGGCAGAAAGAGGCUCCGUAUUUACUCCCAGAAGAUAUAUUCACUGAAAAACCACGGUGGUCUAACAGCAUGGAUCGCAUAGAAACACAAUUGCUUUUCCUUCAGAGCAAGAUCAGUGAAGUGCUGGGAGGCAGCGGGUAUAAUUCGGACAAGCUGAGCACCCCAUAUGUACCCCAGCUAACAGAUGAAGAUCGCUUAUCAAAGAGGAAAAGUAUUGGUGAAACCAUCUCUCUGCAGGUUGAGGUGGAGUCGAGAAACAGCCCCGAGAAAGAGGAGAAAGCACCUGCAGAAGAGAUCACAUUUGAGACUCUGAAGAAAGCAAUUGUUGACAGUGUGGCUGUGGAAGAGCAGGAACGAGAGAGGAGGCGUCAGGUGGUGGAAAAGUUCCAGAAAGCUCCAUUUGAAGAAAUCGCAGCCCAUUGUGGUGCCAGGGCAACAUUACUACAGAGUAAACUCAACCAAAUCUUUGAGCUGACUAUUCGGCCGCCCCCCAGCCCUUCUGGUACGAUUACGGCGGCGUAUGGACAGUCUCAGAAUCACUCCAUCCCUGUGUAUGAAAUGAAGUUCCCGGAUCUGUGCGUCUACUGACAGGCGGAGUCAACUGGCGACUAAGCGCAAGGACUUUUCACGUAUGGCAGCAUGGCAGCGGCGGUACCGGGGUACAGACACCCCACACCUCUUCCCUUUGCCUCUUCCACACUAACACAAUUCGUCAGGAGACACGGCCGUUCUCUCUUUAUAGCACCCUUGUAUUAUAGCACCUUGUAUUAUAGCACCUUGUAUUUCUCCCAUGAGUCGUAGUGUACAGCUGGAAAUAUUUCCCAAAUGUGGGUACAGUUCCUAAUUGUCCUGGAGCGAGCCUCCUGCAUCGUAUGGAUCUGGUAACUAGCGAGCACCCCCACCUCACUAACUAACAUGGAUAGAACCCAUAUACAAUAUUUACCUGCCUAUAACUCCUCAUAGAUCCAGAUCCAUCGAUUCUCCCACAGAACCUUGCAGCUGCUCUUGCUAUACAUUGAUUAAACACAUUAUGAGGUUCACAAGACCCCUUUGCUCGUAUCAAGCCUGUACCCUAAGAACAAGCAGUAGGCUGUAUCUUUGAUAUGUUGAUGUUAGUAUCCCUAUGUGUAUCAUUUCCAGGUGCAUUACAAUACCCUACUGAGGGGGGCGCUAUUUCACAUG